AUGUCUGCCAUUCAGAAGAACAAGUACCUCGUUCUCACCUGCAUGGACGCCCGCAUCGACCCGGCCGCCGCCUUUGGCAUUGAGCUCGGCGAUGCCCACGUCAUCCGCAAUGCCGGUGCUUCUGCCGUGGACGCCCUUCGGUCAAUCGUGAUUAGUGAACAGCUGCUGGGCACCACCGAGGUCGUGCUGGUCAAGCACACCGGCUGCGGCAUGCUUACGUUCAAGAACGAGGACGCGUACGCUGUUGUUGAGAAGAGUCUUGGCGCCGAGGCUGUCCAGGAGCUCCACGCCAAGCACUUGGACUUCUUGCCCUUCCCGCAGCUCGAGAAGGCUGUUGAGGACGAUGUCGAGUUCCUGAAGGCGUCCAAGCUCGUGCCAGACUCGGUCACCAUCAGUGGGUGGGUCUACGAGGUUGAGACGGGCAAGACCCGUCGUGUAGUUUAA